AUGGAUAUCCUAAAGAAAAUGUUCCAGCAAACUGAGGAAGACGGCAAGGAAAACGAUUCCUUAGCCAAGGAUGAAUUCCGUAAACCACAAUGGUUUGAAGAGGCCGAAACCGAUGAUGAAUUAUUUGAUGAUGAUCGUAAAUUUGCUUUCCAAAUAUUCACCAAUCCAAUGGAGUUGCAAAAGCAUUUCGAACGUCAGAUGCAACAAAUUUUGGAGGCGGUUAGUGAAAUGGAUGGUGGAGACAAGAACAUCAUUGUUGAAAAGAAUAUCAAAGAAGAUUAUCUAAAGCCGGGAUUUGAAAGUGAAAUAUUGAAAGAAUUUGAAAAGCAAAAAGCUAAAUACUAUGAUACUGAUUUAGAUGGAGAAAUCUAUCCAGAUCAAUUACAUUCGCUACUGCAACGUUUUGCCAACGGUGAGGGAGAAGUUAUGAAACAUUUACAUGAUCCAGAGACACCACCUGGUCAUAUUUUGCCGCGCAACGAUAACAAAGCAUUCCGCAAUUGGAAUAGAAAACCAAAAAUGAGCGAUGAAGAAAUUAUAAUGGGUAGAAUUCAUGGUACCCUUGAUGAUGACGAGAGUCAAGAGAAGCAUAAACGUGCACCACCGCCUCCAGCAUUCCCACGUCGUCCGGAUAUUAUGACACCAAUGACUCCGAUGAUGCCGAGAGGUUCAUUUGGUGGUGGCGGUGGUGCCUUUGAGGGGACUUAUAGUGGUCCCAAAAUGUUCAGUCAAAGUGUUAUGACUAAAACCAUACGCAAACCGGAUGGUACAUAUGAAACAACCAAAAUUACCCAAGAUUCACAGGGUAAUAAAACAACAACCAUUACACGAGUGGUUGAUGGCAAAACUGAGACCAUAACGACAUAUGAUGGAGCCGCUGCAGCUGGCCAUGGUGGAAAGAAUCAAUUAAAACAAUUUGCAACAACCGAACCACAGGCUCAAGUCUAUUCGGAUCGUAAUGUUUAUGUAUCCAAAGAAGGUUAUGCCUUACCACGGAACCUCUGGUGACCAGUGGUUGGCCAAUUGCAGAUCACUGAUAAUUUGCAAAUUAAUUUU